UAGUGUAUACGUAUCUUAUUUUGUAUGGAAAUAGACUAUUCCUGUUUUCACUUAGGUCCAUUAACUGAAAAACUCAUGACAUCCUAUGUUUUUUAAUUACAGAGAUGAAGGACUAUGUUCGCUACCAUUACCUAGAACAUAGAUGCAUAAGAGGAAUACCGCAGACAGUCAAAAUGUGUCUCUUUUACAAAAAGCAGGGUGUGCCCACUGCCAGCCCCAAGGAUUUCAGGGUUUUCAAUGAGACAAAAAGUUCUGUUGAGCUGUCCUGGACAGUUCUUCCUACGGAGAAAGCGAAUGGCACCCUUACACACUACACUGUUUGUAGCAUGAGAACCACCCCGCAGAAAGAGGCAAACAGAGAAGAGUGCCAUAAUGUCUCUGCAUUACAAACCCACUAUCGUCUUGAGAAGUUAACACCUGGGGUCAGAUACCAACUCAGUUUGGCUGCAAUGACAGUGGCAGGAGCAGGACCUAAAGCUUUUGUAACUACCAAUACAGUGCCAGAGAAGCUUGAAAACAGUACAGUGUUGUUGAGUAUUGGUGUGAUGACUGCUUUCCUUUUAACCACAAUAAUUUGCCCCUUUGUCUUUAAGAGAAUAAAAAAUAAGAUCUUCCCCCCUGUGCCGGUGCCUGUUAUUGCAACCUCGGACGACUGUCAACCAGAUAUUCAGAUGCCGGAGACGAAAGAAGAAGUGCACGAGCUGACUCUUCAACAGUCACAGGUAGAGGACAAGCAUGUCCACCCAGCUGAGGAGCUUGAAAGGAAGUCUAUGCUUGGGGAGGAGUUUGAGACAGACAACAGCAGUGAGGAAGACCCCGAGGUGGAGAGGAUGGUGGAGGAAUCCUGCAUCUCAGAGGGAACCUGUGACAAGCCUCUGACUCCUUGCUAUAAGAGUCAAACACUAAGACAAUCCACAGAUUUAGACAUGAUGGAUCUAAGACAAGGAGAUGUGGAGGAUGCUUCGCAGAUGUAUAGAAACGGGUUGGUCUUUGUGAUCAAGACAGACAACAGCUAGAACAUUGGCCACAACAAAGCCUGGGACCUCUGGGUUUAUCACAGUGAACAGGAAACUGACGUAACAGCAGAGGAUGGCUGUGGUUAAAUGCUACAGACUGUUUUCUAACAUCUCUCAUUACAGUGCCACGUGUGCAGAAAGUGAAGUUUCUAACAGUUCAUUUUUUAUCGAUGCCCAUAUAUUUUUGAAUUUCCACUGUGUGGGCUUUCAUUGGGAUUGAAGGACCUAAGGGAUUUGUAACUCAACACACAAAUGACAGUCUUAACUUUCAGUUAAAGACUUAACAUUGAAAUUGCAGUUAUAUGCGUUUAAGGCAACUGGGAAAUGAAGAUUAUUUGUUGGUCACACUUUAAAGCCUUAUGUAUUAUUGAUGAAUGAACAAAAAAUGUCAAGCAUGUAGAAGAGAGAAGUAUGCUAGUAGAUAUGAUAGCCCUGUAAAACAGUGAAACAAAUGUCAAUCUAAUACACGAACAUGUGACAGGAAGUGGUCACACUCUUAGGUCACACACAAAAAAAAUUGUCUCAAAGAAAGAGGCAGACAUGCACAAUAAAAAGUCCUGCUUACUCAGAACAAAACAGAACAUUGCAACUGUUAUUUGUUCAUUUGCUGGAAGUGAUGACAAAUUUGAAGCUUUUUCAACCACCUUGCAUUGCAAGUUCCCCCCAAAACCCCCCCUUUUUUCAACUGUUAGCUGGUUUGGGGCCGAGCACAGGGAUAACAACAAAAGCAUCACUUUAAUUUCACAGCUUGUCCAUUAUUGCUCCCCGCCAGAUUGUCAUCUGAUAAAGGUUACAUGUGGUCAUAGUAUUGAGUUCGUAUAUGAGCAACAGUCGCAGUUUGUUUUUUACAGUUUGUGUAUCAACUAGAAUGCAGACUAAAGCUUGUGUCAAGAGUACUGUAUGAUAUUAUUGUCAACAAUAUUAUUGUUUAUUGUAGUUCAGUGGUCUUUUAUUUAGAUGAAAUUUGGAUACUGUCAUAUCAUUAAGCACAUUUUUCUUUGUGUAAAUUAAUGAUACCGAGAAU